GAUUCCUCUGUGUGUUUAUUCUGCAUCACGUUGCCGCCUGUGUGCGUCCAGACGCAGCCGCCUGGACGCGCCUGUCAUCUGGAGGAAACUCCUCCCCGCAGACAGCGCGUCCUGUCGCCUUUCCAGCGCAAUGGUCUCCUGGAUCAUCUCUAGACUUGUGGUACUGGUGUUUGGUACACUAUAUCCUGCAUACUCAUCUUAUAAAGCUGUGAAGUCAAAAGAUGUGAAAGAAUAUGUGAAAUGGAUGAUGUACUGGAUAAUAUUUGCUCUAUUCAUGACGGUGGAAGUAUUUACAGAUAUGUUUCUAUGUUGGCUUCCUUUCUACUAUGAACUGAAGAUAGCCUUUGUGGUGUGGCUUUUGUCCCCUUACACGAAGGGCUCCAGCGUACUCUACAGGAAAUUUGUUCAUCCCACGCUUUCCUCAAAAGAAAAGGACAUUGAUGACUACAUCUGCCAAGCGAAGGACAGAAGCUAUGACACACUGGUGCAUUUUGGGAGAAAAGGGUUGAAUGUUGCUGCCACAGCUGCAGUCAUGGCUGCAACAAAGGGUCAGGGGGUCCUCUCAGACCGGCUGAGGAGUUUCAGCAUGCAGGACCUGUCUUCCUUCCAGGGCGACCCCGUCAACACCGGCUCCGGGACCACGCAGCCCACCCCAGCAGCACAACACCGGACCAGGACUAUGAUGCGCAGCAAGUCAGAGAGCUACAACAAGGGACCGGACUUUGACAUGACAGAGUUUGAGGUGUUGGGGUUGGACCAAUGGGACUCCAAGGACUCACUGUCCCAAACCAUUUCAGCCUCUGAGUCUCCCCAGUCCUCCCCACCCUCUACACCUUCUCCACCUCCCACUCCUCCUCCUCCUCUUCCUCUUCCUCCCACCUCUCUACCUCUACCUCCACCUCCAUCUCCACCUCCCUCCCCUCCUGCCUCGGAGCAACCUGAGGAGGUGGUGAAAGGGGUGCAGGAGUCGUCGGGCUCUCCACAGCUCAGGCUGGUUAAGAGGAAGGCUCCUGAGCCUCCUCUUAGAGUCCUGAGGCCUCUCACGAGAUCCAGGAGCGCUCUUUCCUCGAACAAUGAAGCCAUGUGAAACAGUCCUCAAGACUCCUCCAGCUGCCUUCGCUGCAAGAAGUAAAAAUACUGAAUGGCCAAAAGCUACAUGACUGAAGCAGCCUUUGCUUUGGAAUAAGGUAUUACCAAAGUGACCUACGAUGAUCCCUCGAUAUAUAAUAUAUAGCUUGUGGCUCAUGAUCAAAAAAUUUAGUGUGAGACACAGAGAUAGGACAAAUGAGUGAAUGGGCUCCAUGCUGAUAAACAUUUUCAGUUUGUGGGUUAUUGAAUGAAUAUGUGUAUUUAUGUACAGUUUGUGUGUAUUUCAUCCUUCUGAGUUGAUUGUUUUUAUAUAUCAGGUUCGGGUUGGCAAUCGCAUGUGUGUCUUCCCAGUCAUUAGUCCAUUAAACAGAAUGUACUGUCACUGAAAACCACAGCUGGCAUUGGGAGUGACACUGUUGCUGUUCCAGAAUGUGUUAAAAACGCCAAGGAUCCAACGAGGAGGUGCCGCUGUUUUUCCCCUCAGUCUUUCUGUUCUGAAGAAACAUUUUUUAGCAGCUGAAUUCUGCACUGAUGAACUUCCAGUGAGAAGAAACAGCUGACUAUCCAAUUACCUUAAAAUCACUAAAAGUGGAAAACGAUAUUCUGUUAUUUACCUCUUUUAUAAAGCCUUAAAAACAAAAACGCAGAGACGUGAAAAUAUAAAAUGUCUCGUGGCGAAAAGUAUUUAAAACGACUUUUUUUCUCUUUAAACAAUCAUUUUUGCACUAUGUUUAAACUAAUUUACUGCCCUUGCUCUGAAAUGACCAUAAAGAUAAAUUUAACAGUGAUCAUAACACUUUAUUUAGAAACAGAGGAAUAAAUAAAAGUACAUAGAAAUCCCUCCUGCCAGAGGUUUCCUCAGUGGAGCAGACUGUUUAUGACAAUCUACUGUUGGGUUUUUCAGCACGUUACGUCAUAUAUUUGACAAUUUAUUGAGCAAAUCAAAGGGUCACUUUCAGCUGUAGCAAAAAAAUGGAAUAGAAUUUAAUUAAAUGUGCUAAAUAUAUAAACUUGGAUGUUUUCCAAUGGUUAAAACCACUGUGUAAAAUUUAGCAGUUAACUGAGCAACACUAAACACACUAUCUUCUACUAGCUUCUUGUUUUUUUUUUUUUUUUAGGAACUCAUGCGAGUGACUGUAUCGGUUUGGAGGUUUACAACAUUUUAAUAUCAUCAGGUGGUGAUACACUUGUGUCAUUGUAUGUUUUCAUCCUGUACUUUAUUCACUGAGCCUGAGCUGUGAAAAGGUUUUACACAAAGCAUCACUGUGGGUGGAUUUCCACAGCAGAGUUUUCAUCGUCGUACGUUUCUCAUUUGGGAUGGUUUGAAGUUUGAAACAAAUGCUUCUCAGGUACAACCGUUCUGUUUACACGUCACUCACUCUGAUGUUGUAGAUACACUUGUUAUGCACAUGAAAUGUCCUUUUAAUGGAUACAUGGUUAAAAAAAAAAAGAAAAAAAAAAGUCAAACAGAUCAAAUCAGAUUCUGU